AUGUUUCGUCGACAGGAGGCCUCGAAUUCGAGGGGGGCUAAUGGACGUGUUUCCGAAACGCAAUACGACGCUGCCCCCAUACCGGAGUUUGAUAAAAGACCGGCGUUUAUCCAUAUUCUACUGUUGAAUAAAACGAUCCGCCUGUUUGUGGUGCUCGGCCUCGCCAGUGUGGUGAUACCAGUGUUCGCGUAUCUGUUCUUCUUCUCCCGCGAAAUUGGCCACGACAGCAAACGGGAUAUUAUAGGCACCUGUGGUCAUCCGGCGUUGUACCACAUUCCAUGUGGAUAUCCCAGCAACCUCAGCAUGGCUGAGUGUCAUCUGUUGGGUUGCUGUUACACCAGCCUGGCCACCUGCUACCAUUCGCUACCGUCCGAGCAUCAGUAUAUUAUCGGCAGCGAUUGGAGUAGUGGAACUCCGAGCGUCCUGUCACCGUAUCGCACCGUUACCCCCUAUGACAGACCAGCGCUGCCAGAGGUGCGCUUUGACGUCUCCGUUGCGGAGGACGGUGUGGGGGGAUUCAGGUUCUUACUGUCGAAAAUGAACGGUACCGGAGCACCGAGUUCCAUGAAUACUAUGAGGCUUGAAACGGCGGAACUGCUGGUACAGGUCUACAGCCCUACCUUCUUCAUCGAGGUCAAGCGUAAGGCCGACCAGAAAGUGAUAUUCUCUUCGGCUCGUGGACCCUUGAUCAUGACCGACGAGUUUAUUGAGUGGACACUACAUCUCGGAGCCGAUACUCUAUUUGGACUCGGUCGGGCAUAUCUGGAGCCGGGAACGAAAUUUCUAUUGCUUAACAACCUCAACUCAACGGCCGUUCCAAUCGUCAUGGGAUACAAUGCAAAUUUGAAGAUCUACAAUGGAUUGAUCUUCAAUACACCCGGACUAACGGAAGUGGAAAUCGUUGGGUCACGACUGAUUGUAGUGCGGGCUCAGCUGGGAGCCAACUUUGAUCUCCGUUUCCUUGCUGGUCCGACGCCGGCCAAGCUUUUCCUUCAGUCCAAAGCUAUCCUGAAGAAUCAGUACACUCCGCCAUACUGGGCGUACGGGGUGCAUGUGUGCGAUCAGUCACCGAAGCGGAACCUCACCAACGUCCGGCGCAACCUGGAGCUUCUCCUCAAUGAAACGAUCAUGUUCGACUCCCACUGUCUGCACAACGAUCAGUUCUGGAUCUCCGACACGAUGACGCUCGGCACUGAGCUCGAGUCUUUGAGGCAAAUGUUGCGCGAUGCUGGCAAAAAGUUUGUCCCUUCGCUCGUACUAACGCUCGCCUACGGUGGCAAUCCGACAUUUAUUGAUGCCCGCGAGAACAACAUCCUCUUGCGCCAUCCCGGCAAUCAGCUAGCGUACCAGGGUCGGGUACGUAAUCGAACCGUUGCGUACAUCGAUUGGCGUACUACGAGUCGGUCGGCAAAUCUUUCGGAAUGGUUGGACACACAGUGGCAGAAAGUAGUCAACCUUGGUGCCGAUGGAUACACGCUGGAGGAAGCAAGUCCCCGGGACGAAAGAAAUAGUUCACUACCCUGGCCGAAGCAACUGUUGUACCAGCCGGAUCAUUUGAAUGACAGUCUCGUGGAACUACUUCCCUGGAACACGAUACUGUCGGAUAGCUCGCAGUUGGUUCUCUCGCAGCACAACGAUCUCGGUGUGCGCGCCCUCGAGGCCAUUCAGAAGCGUAUAGAUCCCGGGAACCUACUCAUUGCCGGAAGCUACGGUCUUAACAGCCCGGUGGCCGUACUUCCAGCGAAUGUGUCCGCCACUUGGAUCUCCCUGCGUAGCGAGGUCGACCGAGUUAUUGGCCUUUCUAUGGCAGGAAUCACUUUUACCGGCACACCCAUCUGUGGCAAUGCACCGCUGGGAAACGCAAGCGCCUCCGAAGAGCUCUGUAUCAGAUGGUAUCAGUUCGGGUCGCUUCUUCCACUAUUUCGCGUCACGGCCGAUAGGACUCCGGAUCGGUUCAGCCGUUUCGGGCGACGGGUGAUGCAUGCCAUCCUGCGGAAACGCUUCUCGUUGCUCGAAUACCUGCAUACGCUCAUUCUUGAAGAUGCGCCCUACCUGCGUCCCAUGUUUUACCACUACGAGGAGGCGGCCAAUUUUACGACGGAGCUGUGGGAACAGUUCAUGAUUGGUGAUGCACUUCUCGUGGCACCGGUUUUACUGCCGCAGAUGUCUCAGAUUGCCAUCUACUUCCCGGAGAGCUUCUACGAGCUGUGGGGUGGCCAGGCGAUGCCGGGCAACGACGUGCUGCAGUACGCAGUUGUCGAGUCGGACCUGCCAAUGUUUCUACGUCCCGGGUACACCGUGCCACUGCGUGAUAUCGUCGAGGAGCUGGUACAGCUGGAAAAUGGAACCGCUGCGCCGGUCACGGCCGAACUUUCCCGUCUGAAGCCACUGUAUCUGGUGGGCGCCUUCGAGUGCAACGCUCGCCGCUGGAGAUGUUCCACUUCGGGUCGGCUACUGCUGCAGACCGGGUUCCUGCUGGAGUUCGGUGCAAUCCUCGACGAACGGUUAAUAAUAAGCGUUAGAGCGAACGUCAGUGAAGUCGAAGGAGCCACGCUCCGACAGCUGGCAUGCUCGGAGGUGGCCACACUAAACGUCACCAUUGGGAGUGUGCAGCUGUACGGCCAUCCGAACUCUUCCCAACCGUUGCUGCACGAUAUCGAGUACGACUUUUGCCAGCAGGAAGCGAAACAAGUAGAGUUCGUUAAUUCACAUCGCAAGGGGCCGUCGGAUUCAAUCGCAAGUACAUCUUGA